GUCAGUCGAGGAAUAAUAAAGUUAGUGGUUGGAGGUUGGAGUCUGGAUUAAGUGCGAGGGAGAUUUUUGUUAGGGUGCUUGUAAUGGAGAGAGACGUGUGCGAGAAAACGUGAGAGUGGAGUAUGCGGCGAAAGUUUUUUACUAAUAAUAAGUUAACAUCAAGAGACGUAAGUGAGUGGUGAAGUUUAAAUGUGUCUGCAAUGUCGAAGCAUUCCAAAACUCACUUUAGAACUGACAGCGGUAUUGUGGAAGUUAAGAGCAAGUUCGACGCGGAGUUCCGCCGCUUCUCGGUGCCACGCAGCAGCACGGCCAAGUAUGAGGACUUCAAGCUCCUGGUGGAGAAGCUGCACCGUCUCGGGGACGUGCCGUUCCUCGUCUCGUACACGGACCCCAGCGACGGCGACCUGCUGCCCAUCAACAACGACGACAACCUGGGCCGCGCGCUGCAGAACGCCCGGCCCCUCCUCAGGGUCAUCGUGCAGAGGAAGGGAGGCAGCCUGGAAGAGAUCAACGGCUACGGGACGUACAAGCCCAAGAACCUGAUCUCCUCUAUUCUGGGGACACCUGGCCGGCUCAAGUCGCACCCUGCGAUAUCGUACCCGCACGACUUCCGGCAGGUGUCGGCCAUCAUCGACGUGGACAUCGUGCCGGAGACGUGUCGCCGCGUGCGCCUGCUGAAGCACGGCUCCGACAAGCCCCUGGGCUUCUACAUCCGCGACGGCACGUCUGUGCGGGUGACCCCCGCCGGCCUGGAGAAGGUGCCCGGCAUCUUCAUCUCGCGCCUGGUGCCGGGCGGCCUGGCCGAGAGCACGGGGCUGCUGGCCGUCAACGACGAGGUGCUGGAGGUGAACGGCAUCGAGGUGGCGGGCAAGACCCUGGACCAGGUCACGGACAUGAUGGUCGCCAACAGCUCCAACCUCAUCAUCACGGUGAAGCCGGCCAACCAGCGCACCCUGGCGACGCCCCAGCGGGGCUCCUUCUCGCGCACCAGCCAGCUGUCCUCGGGCUCGCAGCAGUCCACGCAGUCCGUGGCCACCACGGGCUCGGACGACGACCACUACGACCAGGACGAGAUCGUGGACCUGACCGGGGUGACGCUGGAGGAGACCCCGGCCGCGCCCUCGGGCGACGGCGUCCUGCACCUGUGACCGGCCCCCGGAGUGCACUUGCAUCGUGCAUCCCCCUUCUCCCCUGCAAUAUCUUCCUUACCAA